AUGGGCUGGGACAUGCAUGCAGAAGUGUCCAAGGAGUGUCAAGUGCCCAACACUGGUACAACACCCCAAAUGAAGUACCGUAUUUCCUUGGAACUACUUAGCAUUGUUUUGGUACUUUCAAUUUUUCCAACUGGACUAGGCCAUGGCCUUGUGAAUGAAGCAUCAGAGGGUUUUAACGAGACUUGUAAAGAUGCAGUUGGAGAUGUGACUUGUUAUGGUGCUAUAGGAGAUGGAGAAACUGAUGACUCCGAAGCCUUUUUAAAAGCUUGGAAAGCUUUAUGUGAAGUUGAAGCAGCUUCUGACAUUCCAAUGCUUAUAGUACCAAUGGAGAAGAUAUUCCUAUUAAAGCCAGUGACUUUCGAAGGUCCAUGCAAGUCCGACAGUGUCCAAGUUCAGGUUUUGGGGACAAUUUUAGCACCCAAUACCACAGAAGGAUGGACGAACUGUUAUGCAAAUACCUGGUUAGGCUUCUGGAAUGUGAGUAAUCUCAUUGUCAAUGGUUCAGGAGAGAUCAACGGCAGCGGUUCAAUUUGGUGGAAAAAUUUCAGUGUUCAAGCACUACGUUUUUAUAAUUGCAGUAAUCUUCAGCACAGUGGACUUACUCAUCUUGAUAGUCCAAGAAACCAUAUUAGUAUAAAUUUUUGUGAUAAUGCAACUCUCUCUUAUCUAAACAUAUCUGCUCCCGAAUCUAGUCCUAACACUGAUGGAGUUGAUAUUUCUUCUUCAACCAAUGUUAGCAUCCACGAUAGUUAUAUUGGAACUGGAGAUGAUUGUAUUGCUGUCAAUGAUAAAACGACUGGUAUCAACAUCACUCGAAUUGUUUGUGGACCUGGCCAUGGUAUAAGCGUGGGAAGCUUGGGAGCAAAUAGAGCAUCUGCCACAGUAGAAGAGGUAUAUGUGAAAAAUUGUAGCUUUAAUGGAACUUUGAAUGGAGCAAGGAUCAAGACAUGGCAGGGGGGUUCGGGUUAUGCAAGAAAUAUUUCCUUUAAGCAAAUCACACUCGUGGAUGUCAAAAACCCAAUCAUUAUUGAUCAGUUUUACUGCAACGGUAAACACGAUUGCAAAAAUGAGACAUCGUCAGUACAAGUGAGCAAUGUGACAUAUAUAGGUAUUGAAGGAACUUGUGUUGGUUUGGAUGCGAUUACUUUCAACUGUGAUGAAAUAAUGUGCACUAACAUUACAAUGAAGCACAUCAACAUAACAUCAUCUGACCCUGAAAAAUCAGUUGUCGCCAGUUGCGAAAACGCCAAGGGAAAUAGCGAAUGCACCAUACCGGAAGUGCCCUGCCUAACCAUUGAUGAAUGUGAUAAUCAAAAGUAA